UCUCAAUCGAUUUUGGUCAAAGUAUCCUAAAUCAAUUGACCAUUGACCAUAUCAGUAACGAUUCCACAUUCAUAUCGUGUCAAUAUGGGUGCAGCACCGAAAAAUGAAUAGUAUGUGCAACUAAACAAAAAAAAAAAAAGAUUCUAAAUUCUUCAAAGUUCAAAGUAAUUCCCCUCUUUUCAUAGGAAGAAUGAUUAAACUUCAAAACACAAGGAGUAUUAUAGAGGCAAAACGCGUACGUAGUAUAUGGAUACUUUCUUUGUCUGUUUGCUCCAUGUGACAUAUACUUUGGCAUUAAAGUCUCUCCUAUACCUUGCUCCCCUUCCCCUUUUCACACACACUAAAAAGUCCUACAAAUAUCUAUCACCCCUUUUUUUAAUGUUUCCCCUUUCUUCACUCGCUUUUUAAUUAUCUUGUCUAAAAUUCAGAUCCAAUCUUGGAGAAGCCUCAUUCGAUCUUCAGAACAAGAUCAGUCAUCAUAGAUUUCAGUACAUAUGGCUCCACUUACUAAGGUACUUUUUGUACUUUGUCUUGUUUUUGUGUUAUUCACUCUUUCAUUCAUUCCUGCACAUAGUGAGGUCCAACCCCCAAAUAAUGUUAGAAGCAGAAGAAUGUUGGAGCUAGAGAAUAAGCCAAAGCCAAUUAAGAAGAAAAUCACUACAACUUCACUUUCUGCUGCUUCCAAGAACGAAACCAAACUCCUCAAAUCAACCACUAGUAGCUCUUUUAAGGAUCAAACCAAGCAAAUCAAAACUUCUUCUAUCUCUGGUAGCAAGAACCAAACAAAGCUUUCAAAAUCAAAACUUUCCGUUUCUGAAUCACAAACCAAGAAUAAAACCAAUCCUAGUUCUACCAUUACCAAAUCAGAGAAACUAAUUACCUUCAAAUCCCAACUUCAGAAGCUCAAUCCCACUCCCUCCAAGUCCUCAACUUCAACCAAAAUCACUUCUUCCACUACCAACAAGUCCUCAGAUCUACCAAAAAUCAGCUCAACUUCUUCUCCCAAGAACAAGAACAAAACAAUCAAAGCCACUAAAACCCAAUUGGACAAAGGCAUCAGUGAGACCAAAUCAAAUACCCCAAUUAAAAACCAGCCCACAGACAAAGCAGCCAAAGCCACUGAAACACAAUUGAAAAAAGACACCAGUGAGACCAAAUCCAAAACACCACCCAGUAAAAACCAGACAACAGUCAAGAAAGCCAACACACAACACACAAGCCAGAAAAAUUCACAGUACAGCUGGGUUGAAGAUGAUGAUGGUGAUGAUGAUUUGAUUACUGAAUUCAGAGACUUGCCCUCCAAAUUGCAAGAAACCCUUUUGCCAGAUUUGGAGAGAAUUUCAAAGACCUCAAAGGUUUACCUCAACAAGGCAAACAAAGAAAUCACCAAGAACUUCAAACCUUAUGUUGGAAACAAAUAUGCACCAACAAUUGCUUCUGUAAUCUCAUUUGCAUUCAUUUUGAUCCCUCUCCUUCUUGUUUCUCUCAUUUUCAAUAAAAUCAAAGCCUAUUUCUCUCUCCAAAAACUCCUCAUUUUCAUCCAAGUUUACCUCUCCAUUUACUUCUCCAUCCUCUGUCUAUCUUCAUUGGUCACUGGCUUAGAGCCAUUGAAGUUUUUCUAUGCUACUGCACAAUCCACUUACAUUUGCUUACAGUUGUUGCAAACUCUUGCUUAUGUGUUGUACCUUCUGAUGUUGUUAAUGUACCUCAUCUUGGUGUUUUCCACUAAGACUGGGCCUACAACCAAGUUUAUAAGCCUGGCCCAGACAAUUGUGGGCUUUUCUGUUGGGCUUCAUUAUUACAUGACAGUGUUUCACAGGGCUGUGUUGCACCAACCACCUAAGACUAGCUGGAAAUUUCAUGCCAUUUAUGCCACUUUUUUCCUUGUGAUUUGCCUCUCAACUUGUGUAGAUAGAAGGAAGAAAGCUUAUUUAGUAGAAGGCGGUGAAGUGGAGAAAAAGAGCUAAACUUUUUCUUUACCAUUCUCUUUUUUACCGCUUGGGAUUCGUCUGGUUUGGUAUAAGGUAUAAGGUAUGAUAAUUUCCACCAUUUAUACCGAUAAGUUAUCAUAGAUGCAUGAUGGAAUAACUUAUCCCGAGAUUAAUAAUCUCGGAAUAACUUGUUCCCAACCAAACGGUCCCUUAAUGGUUUAAAUUUUCUGGAGAGAAAAGAAGAUUUUCAUUGUCCAACAUUUUAUCUUUCUUUUUUAUAUCUAUAUAUUUCUUGCAAUUUGUAAUUUAUAAAGAUGUUAUUAAUAAAAAAUUCUGAAAUUCAUUUUA